AUGCUACUUGUAGAUCGUAUACUGAGGGCACCAGAUCCUUCGUCAAUAUACUUCAGAGGAUUCUACUUUUCUGGACAGGAGCCGGAAAGAGUUCUCAUAAUUACCCCUACAUGUCUGUUGCACUGCUGGGAUCCCGAGAGAGAACACAUCAGCCACUAUACAAGUAGCUCUGGGCUACGAGUUUUCGUUGGCCUGGCCUAUCAGAUCGGUCUUCAUCGAGAACCACUGUAA